ACUUGUUUCAAACUCCCCAUCACAUACCAUACUAGCAAACAUCACCAUGACAGAAGAAAAAGACGAGAAAGAAAUGACAUUUACGGAGCGAGAGCAAUGGCUUCGCGAUCGUGGGGUGGAAAUUGUGAAUCCCGGACAAAAGGCCGCAGAGAGCGCCGCUGACGGUGUUCUCUCCAUCACACAGCAAUUAUCCAAACUUGAUGUGGACAAUGAACCACAAGGACCACAAGCCGACGGAUCCGUUCCAUUUGUGUUGAUUCCCUGCGAUGACACAAAACCGCUGCGAACGCUACGAGUACCACCAAAAAGUGGCGGCGGCGGCGAUUGGAUUCCCGACUACAUCAAGCCUCAUUUUGCCGAUUCCAAAUCCAUUGACGUUUCCCUCUUGCAACAACAAGCCACCAAACACUUUGCCGGUGGACAACUGGAAGAUUUGGCAAAGAAUGGCAAUCAAAUUUCGGCCGCCGCCAUGAAUGCCGUGGCCGCCGAGGGGUCCGUCGAGACAUUUCCACUCGUCCAUCCAAGCGUCAGUAACAAUUCACAGGGCGUGUACAUUUACCUCGACGAAGUGGGAUUGUUGAAGAAGUUACCACCCAACCGCCGAGCCACGCAGUUGGCCACGGGAUGUGGCUAUCAUCCACCACCGCAAUUUUACGGGGAUGUGUUUGUGGGACGCGUUGGAUCCAAACCGGUGUUGCGCAAUCUGCCCUUUUGUGCGGGGAUUGACACGGAUCCAGCCGCGCCGUGGUUGUUGGCCGCGCCACAGGAAAAUGUUGCCUGGCAACAAGAAAUGAAUCGAGUCACCAAUCGACAAGGUGCCUCGCAACCGGCUCAUGCCGGAACGGAAGGGACACAAGUGGAGGAAGACAAUUAUGCGUGGUCUCAAGAAGACGAUGACGUGGAGUUGGUGGUUAGUUUUGACAAUGACAUUGACAAGAAACAACUCAAAGUCAAGUUUCUCAGCAAGAAUAUUUCCGUCAUUUAUCAAGGCAAUCCCAAACUGUCAUUGAAAUUGUAUGCUGCGAUUGAUGUGGAUGCCUGCACUUGGACCAUUGACGGAGGCAAAAAGCUUGUCAUUACGUGUGAAAAGGCAAAUCCAGGAGAGCUUUGGCCAAGGGUAAAAGAAUAGAUACAGUAGACACAUGACAUUCUUUAUUGUGCAAAAUAUAUGUCAUCUCACCAGCUAAAUACUGCUACUGUCAGCUUUCACUAGAUACGGCCGUACUGUGCAGCUUUCCAUCCAUCUGCCACAAAAGCUAGCUAGCAAUCAGAAGUGUUGGAUGCUCUUUGGUUGAAGCAACGUGCUUUUGUCAAUCAAAUAUUUAUUCAUACAUGCUGAAACUCAAAAAACUUCUUUGACCAGCUACCUGGUUCGUACGUGUACCCCUAUAAGGAUCCCGCUGCUCCGGUGUGAAACGGCAGAGCUCGAAGCAAUGUCUGUGGAGGGUUUACCACAAGCACAACGACCUGGCCUGAAAUCACUAGCUAGAUCUACAGAGAGGAGUGAACCGGAAAUGGAGCCUGGGUUUUCCGUAUCACUUGGAGCCAUCGCCCACAAAUGCCUCCACAAAACGUACACUACAGGACAUGUAGAAACGUCGUUUGAAGCUCGUGGUUGGUUCUGUUGCAAUGG